AUAUAGACAAUGCGCAUCUUUUUCUUACGUAGCCCUUUACAUGGAGAUGUCUGCCACCACGUUGAUAGGCUGCAGCCGGGGCUGAUUUAGAUGUUUAGGGCCCCCCAGCUUAGCAAUCCAAAACUACGGUCACUCCGCUGGAACCUCUCGCAGAACUGCCACUUAUCAGGCCCUCUCGCUUCCUCUUGCCGCUGCUCUACACCCUAUAUAAGUGACUCUCUAGGACAUAACCUGCAACCGAACGAACCCAUACGCUCCAAAGCGUAGACCCAACGAUAUCCAACAUGGCCGAGUCAGCGAAUCCAACCCUAACGGCCCUCUCCAUCUUGGCCUCCCAAAACCCCUCGAUCCAUUACAUCCCCCCAUCCUCUCCCGACUUUGACCAGCUCCGCGCCAUCUACGCACACCCUGAACUCACCCCCCUCGCCAUCCUCCGCCCAACAACCGAAUCCGCCCUCGCAGCCACAGUUUCCUUCCUGGCGAGCAACAAAAUCGACUUUACGCUCCGCGCCGGCGGCCACGAUAUGCACGGCCGCUCCACUAAGAACAAUACCGUCGUCAUCGACCUGCGCCUCCUCAACGACGUCACAAUCGACCCAGCCACCUCCACCGCAACCGUCGCCGGCGGCGCCCUAAUCCACGACGUUGUCACCGCCCUCCAACCAGCGGGCUACAUAACCCCCAUCGGGUCCAUCGCCUCCGUCGGCUAUGUCGGGUGGGCCAUGUAUGGCGGGUACGGGACGUACAGUUCGCGGUUCGGGCUGGGCGUUGACCAGAUCGUUGCUGCGCGGGUUGUCACGGCCGCCGGGGAGAUUGUCACCGCGGACGCGGGUGCGGGCUCGGAGCUCCUAAAGGCAAUUCGAGGCGGUGGCGGGGCGUUUGGCGUUCUUGUGCAGGUUACCAUUCGGGUUUAUAAGCUCGAGACGAUCCUCGCGGGGAUCCUGGUUUUCGAUUCGGCGGAUCUGUCCAAGGUCGUGAGGGAGUUUAGCCAGGGUUAUCGCGCGCUUAGCAGUGAGAGAGUGCCUGCGGCGCUGGGUGUGCAUCAGGUUGUGCUGAAUUUCCCGACGCCGACCUUUGGCGUGCUGGUUAUGUGGGCGGACGAAGAUCUCGCAGGGGGCGAGAGGUGGGUGGACAAGAUCUGCAGCCUGGCGCCGGUCGUUUCGCGAAAUGUGGCCCCGACGACUCCGCUGGCCUGGCUCGAGGAGCAGUCCAAGCUCGUUGCGCAGUCUACACAGGGCCGCAUGUGGACGGUGAAUCUGCGGGCAAUCACCGAUGAGGUUGCGGGGGUUAUUGGCGACUUCACGAGCCGGUUCCCCGCGGAUCCGCAUGCGCUGUUUGAUUUACAUGAGCUGCGCGCCGCGUCUCCCUCCGCUACGGCAUCCGGGGCCGGGAAAGACUCGGUCUUCAACGCGCGCGAUCCGCACUUUGUGGUCGAGAUCUGUCCAACAGUUAGCGACGAGGGAAAGCUGGAGGGUGCGUUGGCCUGGGGCCAGGAGUUCUGCGAUGCGCUAAAGGCAACGGACAAGGAGAAUAUCUUGGGUGCUUCGUAUGUCUCCUUUUUGGCGGCGGACGAGUUUAAUCACCAGAGGGUUUACGGUGAGGAUCUGGGCUUCUUGAGGGAUGUCAAGGGCCGCGUUGAUCCGGGGAACGUGUUUCGCAAUGCGAUUUCGUAUCUGUAGAGCUUGGAUGCAUUAGACAGCGUAGAUAGUCAGGCACAUGCAAUUGCAGCUUAGAUCCAUUGAGGCCGUUGAGUUUCGAACAUGCCCGCCCAGGCCUCGGUCUUGGGUAGUACAGACC